CUUUAACAAAACGUACUGUUCCUUCCUGUCAUGGGUAAUAUUAUUGACACGCGCGUGUCUUCACUCGAAUACACGACAAUUGAGAUGUCAGUUCUCAAGCACAAUAUGCAUUUCUACGAAUAAAACUUGUGACAUAAUAUUCAAAAGUUCAUUGCGGAUCUCGGAUAUACGAAGAGUCGGCGGAUCAUUUAACGACCGGUAGCGAGGUAAGGAACAGCCGACGCAACGACGUGAUUGCUGAAUUCGCUCGAGUUCACCAAGACGCGUGACAAAACCGCGCUUUUCGUUUGCUCGCGAAAUCACAGCUUCGCGCCAGCCGUUUGGUCGGCGUGCGGUCGAUCGAGCUGCCGCGCCGCAUGAUUUUCGGAACGUCGACGGAGCAUAGAACUCGCUGGAGAGAGAGUACGGUGCAGCGCAGCGCAGCGCAGGCGAAGUGGAGAACCGUGACGUUGAUAUCGUGUCCGUGUGAUAACCGACGGCUCGCGGCGACUUUUUACAAUAUGUCAGAUUGGGACACCGCGCCUAUUACUUUGCGUAAACGCACGCCGAAAGCGUCCACGCUGAAAACCGAGAAGGCGGUGAACGAUGCGCGGCGGCAAGGUUUCACCGUGGAGACACAGGCAAAGUGGGGUGGUGGUGCAAACAGACAACACGUAACUACAAAGAACACAGCUAAAUUGGAUCGAGAAACAGAAGAGUUGAAGCACGAUAAAAUUCCACUUGACCUUGGCAAACUUAUUCAACAAGGCCGACAGAGUAAAGGAUUAUCUCAAAAAGAUCUAGCGACGAAAGUUAACGAGAAGGCACAAGUUAUCAACGAUUAUGAAGCAGGACGUGGAAUACCGAACCAGAUGGUCAUUGGCAAGAUUGAGCGAGUAUUAGGGGUCAAAUUGCGUGGUAAAGAUCGUGGAAAACCGUUAACGACCCCCGGGACAAAGAAGUGAAUCUCGGGGGAAGGAAACUAUUUUCUACACUUACAUGGUUCUCAUGAAAGAACUUUGGCAGAGACGGUAGAAUGGAAAGCUACAAACCCCUACCUUUCUUUUCUUCGGUUAUUUUCAUAUAGUGGAUCACAGAGUAGCUUAUACUUGUUUUUACAUGCAAAAAUUAAAAGGAUAUUUUAGGAUAAUACAGACAUAACAAACUUGUAAUAUUAACAAAGGUUCAUUGAGUUACCUUCAUCAUUAUUUGUUACAGACAUUUCAAAUGUACAUUACUAAUGCUACUAUUAAGAGCAAAAUAUAUUUGAGCGGUAAAAUAAAAUUCUUAAUUUAUGAUAAAGUA